AGGUAGUCUACGUAAGUAUAUGAGGCCCAGCACAAGGUGCGUCAAUCAUCUACUUUAUCCACGAGAUUUGAGCCUCUAUGUUGUGUCGCUUGCUCGUUGGCGUGACUCUCUAUGGUUUCUUAGGCGCACGUUCAGCGCCGACAUCCGCUCCUAUCGUAACUCUUUCGUACGGUCAAUUCCAAGGCGUCGUCAAUGGGACCGCGACAUCGUUCUUAGGCAUUCCGUAUGCACAACCUCCUUUGGGCCCUCUGCGCUUCGCUCCACCACAUACACCUCAAUCAGUCGCCGGAGUUCAGCAAGCAACAAGCUAUGGAGCUGCUUGCCCUCAGCAAGCAUCACAUGUGGCGAACGUACUGCCGUUUCCCAUCAAUGAACGAGCUCCGUCGAAUGUGUCGGAAGACUGUCUUUUUGUGAACGUCGUCAAGCCAACCUCUAUCUCGACUGAUGAGAAACUACCAGUCAUCUUCUGGAUCUACGGAGGCGGCUUCGAAACUGGGGACACUUCCCUGUCUGAUGGUACCCCGCUCGUGGAGCGUUCCCUUGUCCUCAACGAACCAGUCAUCUUCGUUUCGGCGAAUUAUCGAAUGAAUGCAUUUGGAUUCUUAGCAAGUGAAGAGGUGAAAUCUGCUCGCUCAACAAACAUCGGUUUGAGAGAUCAGCGGUUUGCGAUCGAAUGGGUCAAUCAGCACAUUGCCGAGUUCGGAGGCGACCCAACUAAAGUCAUAAUCUGGGGUGAGAGUGCGGGAGCUCUGUCUGUCGGCCUACAUCUCGUCAUGUUUAACGGGAACACGGAUGGGUUAUUCCGCGGUGCAUUCAUGGAAUCAGGUUCGCCUUACGCCCUCCGCGACGUCUCAGCUGGUCAGCAGUAUUAUGACCAGCUUGUUGAGUAUACCGGGUGUUCAGGAGAGUCGGACACGCUCGAUUGCUUGCGUUACGUGUCAUUUGACUCUCUGAUGGACGCUAUCAAAAUGACUCCUAACAUAUACAACUACACGAGUCUCAACCUGGCCUGGCAACCAAGGCUCGACGACGACAUCUUUGUGCGCAAUCCGGAACACUCCAUCGAAAUGGGACUGUGGGCUCAGGUACCGACUGUAUCAGGAGACUGCGAUGAUGAAGGGACGGUCUUCUCGCUGGGGAGCACCAAUAUCACAACUGACAGCGAGUUUGUUGAAUACGUGCAACGCAAUUAUAUCCCAGUUGCUUCUGCGUCGCAGAUCGCGGCGGUUGCUGAAGCCUACCCUGCCGAUCCUGCUCAGGGCUCGCCAUUUGGGACAGGAGAUGCGAAUAACUUGACGUCUCAGUACAAGCGUCUUGCGGCGUUCCAAGGUGAUUGGGAAUUUCAGGCGCCUCGCCGCCUGUUUCAGCGAACCGUAUCGUCUCAACAUGACACCUGGGGCUUCCUGUAUAAGCGAGACAAAUCGACGCCGUACCUUGGAUCAUAUCAUUCCACUGAUCUCGUCGAGUUCUUCGAUGUUAGUGACUACAUUGGAGCCGAUGCGCUGAUCAACUUCGCCUAUUAUCUGAACCCCAAUGCUCCGACAAAUCUCCCGGCCAAUGUGAGCUACCUGUCCGGCAUACAGUGGCCCAAAUGGGAAGCUGGCUCGCCACAGUUAUUGACUUUCAUAGAGCCUGCGCCUUCUCUUUCCCUUACAGAGGACACAUAUCGUGCUACUGGGAUGUCACUCAUAUCAGAACUUUCUCUUAAGUUUCCCUAAUAUCGGUUAAAGCGUAGACUACAGCGAACUUGAACGCAGCACACAACGUACACUUCUGUCCAAUUGUAAUGUACUAACCAGCAUAUCAUGGU